AUGGCAAUAGAAGGAAGUAAAUCUUUACCAUCUUCAUUUGGUCAUGUAACUGAAAAACUCUUUGAUGAAUAUCCAAUUUAUAAAUUUAAUCUUCCAUCAACACUUGUUAAUACUUAUUUACCAUUAAAACUUAAAUCUUUUUCUUCAUCAACAUGGAAAAAUGCAUCAAAACGUCAUUUCUUUUAUUCAAAACCAAUUAUUUAUGCAUCUCGUUGUCAAAUAAGUAAAACAAGUGAACAAUUAUCUUUACAAAUCUCAUUAACUGAUUUAUUACAAGAAUUAUUUAUUGAAAAUAAUUCUAAAAUCCGUUAUAAUUUUGUUAUUACGGGUAAUUAUUUAAUAUUUGCACGAAUUCCUCGUCAUUAUCAUGUAACAUAUCAUAUUCUUUGUAAACAUAUAACACUAGCAAAUAGAUCAAUUGAUGUAAGAUUUGCUGGAGAAUUAUGGAAAGAUGAACAUGAUCAUUUUCAUUUAAAUAAUAAUUCUGGAACAUAUCGACCACAAAAUAGAUUAAUUCCACAAGCUAUUCAAUUAUUUGAUCAACUUACUCCUUCAUUACAAUUUAAAGGAAUGCAUUUUCAAAAAAAUAUGCAAUUUCCUGUUAAACAUCGACUCAAUAAUAAAAUACAACCACAAUGA